CGCAUCACGUUAAGACUUCAAUAAGAAAUAUAAAUUACAUAUCAAACAGGCUUGUUGCCUUUUCAAAGUUGUUAAAAAACUUACCCAACGAUUUCUAUUAAUGAUUUGGGAGCGUCGGAAACUUGCACUUUUACACUUUACAAAUUAAAAGAUUAAAUUAAAGCAUUCCAAUUUUUAAGCUUUGCACUUUUGACUGACUUCAUCAAAUUCUCAAAUUCAAACUGCUCAAUUUAUGGAGCCUGCACCUAUACCAAUGCGUUUGUCAAGUUAAACGAAGACAAUACUGCAAAACAGAAAUGUCAAACCAAAAAAUUAGGUGACACUGUUAAACAUAUGACUGCUAACAGCUGUCAACCGCUAAAACAACACAACGGAGGGUAAACAGAAAAAAACUAAAUUUUUGUUUAUGCUUCUAUAAAUAAAUUCUUCAGGCGCUUUGUUUUGGUUGAAAUUUCAGCACACGAACAAAAAUAAGCAGCAAAGUUGGAUACAAUUUUGUUGAGGAAGGAGAAAUGAAGACGCCAACAGAAGAAUAUUUACACCGCAUUUAAUACGUAGUUUGGAAUCGCUCAAUUUUAAUUAUGUCCCAAAGGAUAGCUACAAGACGGAUGUAAUCAAAAUGAAGACCAACAAGACUGUUAAGCGUGGCGAUAGGAUACUUUCGGAAAGCCCCUUUGUGUAUGCCCUAAGGUCCCAAUAUCGCAAGGAGAGAUGUGAUAAUUGCCUAGCCAGCGCUAAGGUUAUGAAAUGUUCCAAUUGUAAUUACGUAUACUAUUGCAAUAGAGCUUGCCAAAUGGAGGCAUGGCCUUUGCAUAGGCUCGAAUGUACAUUCCUAAAACGCAUUUUUCCCCGGAGUGUGCCGGAUGCUGCUCGCAUGCUUUGUCGCAUUAUCAUUAAACUGAAUAAUGGAGGUGAUAUGGAAAAGGGCUACUACACGGCUACAUGUUUUAGAAAAUUUAGGGAUUUAAUGUCACACUACCAGGAGAUCAAGCAUGAUCCCCGCCGUUUGGAACAUUUGGAAUCGUUGCAUGCAGUUCUAUGCGAAAUGAUGCAAGACACCGCCUCAGUUCCCAAUCAAAGCGAGUUGCUGACAAUAUAUGGCAGGCUCAUUACGAAUGGAUUCAAUAUAUUAGAUGCUGAAAUGAAUUCAAUUGCCACCGCCAUAUUCCUAGGCGUUUCGGUCACCGAUCACAGCUGCAAACCUAAUGCUGUGGCCACAUUUGAGGGCACCACACUUCAUAUACAGGCCACCGAGGACAUAGACAUUGAUAGAGAUUGCCUGGACUGGUCCAAGAUUUUCAUAAGCUACAUAGAGCUGCUGAAUACUUCAGAACUAAGACGAAAGCAGUUGAAGGAAAACUAUUACUUCUUAUGCACAUGCAGUAAAUGCAUUGAUCCCCAAGAAACCAUGGAAAUGGAAGCUGCCUGCUGCCCCAACCGAAAAUGUAAAGCCUUCGUUGAUAUCAAUCUAAAUAAUUGCACCGCUUGUGAUGCCGGCAUAAGUCCAAGGCAUAGAAAAGGCUUUACGGAGGCCAUGGAAUUGAGUAAGCAUCAAUUAAACAACAUGAAGGAUGUGGCAUAUUUAGAUGUAUGCAAAUUUUUGUUAAAUAAACAGGAGGAAUUCUUGCAUCCCUUGAACUGUUGGUAUGUUAAAACCUUGGAUGCUGCAUUUGAAGCAGCCAUUGAUGUGGGAAAAUGGAAGGAAGCCUUGGAGUAUGGCAAAAAACUCUUGCCUGGAUUCAGGCGUUACUAUGGCGACUGGAAUCCUCUAUUGGGACUACUUUAUCUAAAAUUAGCAAAAAUCCAGCACCAUGAGUCCUAUAUUAAGGAAUGCAUAGAAAACUUCCAAGAAGCUCGCAAAAUUUUGGAAGUUACACAUGGCAAAGAGCAUUCAUUGAUUCAAAAUCAAUUAAAACCUUUAUUAGUACAAGCUCUGGCAGAGACCACAGAUUAGGGCUCUUUUUUUUAUAGUUUAAAUAAGUUUAUUAUGUAACAAAAUAAGUAAUUAAAAGAUUUUCUUUAACGCUAGAGCACGUCUUUCAGUGUUUGGAUGUAGACUUCUGAUUAAGCGUUCAAUCUCUUCGGCUUUGAAGUGCUCCGAUAACUUACCAGCAGACCACAUUUCAGCGAUUUCGGUCAAAGUAACAUUAAGAAUAUCCAACAAGUUGAUUAAACGCUGCCAAUUCGAUAACUUUUGCAGCUCCUGUCCUGCCUGAGAGAUGCCAAUACAUAUAUAAUUAGUUUUAAACAAAUAUUUGUGAUUAGAUAUACCUUUAUAAAGGAACCAGCCUUGUCUAUAAAUAAACCAAAUGUUUCACUUAA